UGAACUCGAUUUGUGCUAACUGAAAAUUCAGUACAAUUUUCGUUUCAAAAACAUAACUAAUAUUUUACAUCGCGAUUUGGAAAUGGCCGCCGCUGAACACUACACAGCCGAGGAUGCGCAGGACGUCGAAGAAGAGGAUUUUAUCCAUAAUUUUAGACAACCUGGUGAUGAAGAUGAUAUGUCGGAUAGACAGAGUAGCAGCAGCGACGACGGCAUGGAUGAUGAAGAUAUUGCUGGGCCUAGGCUUAGGCAAAGGGUAGCCGAUACAUUUGAAUGGAAGAAUCGUGCCUACGAAUAUGCUUGGUUGGGUGAGUAUACGGAAAACGCUGGGCCUAGGCUACAUGACGUAGACUCGUCGAUCUUCGAUAUUUUUCAUCACUUUAUAGACGACGACAUGCUUCAGCUUAUGGUAAGAGAAACCAACAAAUACGCUCGAAAGCUCAUUCUAAAUGCAGGUAAUGUAGAUAACUCCAAUUUGAAAGGUUGGCGUGAUACGGAUGUAAAUGAGGUAAGGGCUUUUAUUGCUUUAAUUUUAGGCCUAGGAAUGGUUAGGCAUGGCAGAUACGAGUCGCAUUGGUCGACCCAUUGGCUUCUGGAUCAUCCUGGAUUUAGAUCUAUUAUGUCCAGAAACAGAUUUUUUCUUUUGCUUAGAUGUAUUCAUCUUGUAGAUGAUGAUGAUGCUCUUCCCAGAGAAGACCCGAAUUACGACAAGGCUUUCAAGAUUAGGUUUUUUAUGAAUCAUGUUGUAAAUAAUUUUCAGACAGCUUUUUAUCCCUCCAGGAAUGUGUCAGUAGAUGAGAGCGUGAUUGCAUUCAAAGGUAGAGUUGGUUUCAAGACUUACCAUCCAAAGAAACCACACAAACGAGGGAUGACUGCCUGGACAUUGGCCGAUUCCAAGACUGGAUACGUAUUUAAUUCAAAACUGCAUACUGGGAAUAAUCAAGCCAACGGCCACGCCACACAGGUGACAGUUAUGAAUCUUUGUCUACCAAUCACAGGUAAGAAACAUCAUGUCUAUAUGGAUAAUUAUUUUUCUUCUCCAGAUCUAUUUACCCAGCUAGCUGAUGAAGGUUUAGGUGCAUGCGGCACUUUGAGAACAAACAGGAGAGGAACACCCGAUGCCAUUAAAAAUGCAAAUCCUGCCGUUGGUGAUUCUGUGUUUGAAAGAGAUGGUAAGUUGCUCUUUGUUGCUUGGACGGACAAGAGAAAGGUAAGUGUCUUGAGUACAGUUCACAAUUCUAUGACAUUUGACAGGCAAGUGAGGGAAGGACAUGGACCAAAUCACCGUGUAAUCAACAAACCAUGCGCCAUCGAACUCUAUACUCAGUACAUGGGUGGAGUGGACCAAGCCGACAGGUUGAUAUGGACUUACCUGCACAUUCACAAGAGCGCGGAAUGGUGGAAGAAGGUAUUCAUCUACCUUUUGGAGGUAAGUUUUGUAAAUGCUCUUAUUAUUUACAGAUGUUUUCGUCCAGAUGAACGUGUCAGAUCCGACAAACUGCGCCUUGAACUCAUUGAUAGUCUACUUGCCAACUAUGCACGUCCUUCUACAAGGGCUGGGAGAAGAUCGCAAGCUCCACCCCGCCGGCUAACAGAACGUCAUUUUGUGUCAAUCAAUGAUGCAAAAACACCAGCUGGGAGACAAACCACACCAGACUGUGUAGUGUGUUCGAAGAGAGGGGUAAAGCGUCACCAAACACCAUACAUGUGUAAGGAAUGCAACCAGCCGAUGUGUCCUGCGCCGUGCUUCGAGCGAUUUCACACACUAGUUGACUACAAAGCAGAAUGCACAAAGGAAUAUCACAAAUGAACUGCGA